AUGUCCCUCGAAAGCGAGAGAACCCACGAUGGGCUCAAUACGAACAAAAGCCCCGGCGAGGAUCAGGACGAGGAUAGACAAUUGCUCCAGACCUCGGUGACUGCAAUCAACAGGGCUGAUCACUAUGCAAAUGCCGACUAUUUGUCAAAUUUUGUCCCGGACUUUGAGCAGGAGAAGCUGCGCCCUCGGCACAUGAAGGGUCGAAUGGGCAAAAUCAUAAAGAUGCUCAGGACACAGAUCGCAGUUGCCGCAUUGAUAUUCGCGACCCAGCUGGUUGUCACAGUGUGGGCAGUCCUGGCGUUUCCCCCAGACGAGCGAGGCACUGGGACCUUCUUCUGGGGCGACUGUUCCAGUAUAGACACGACUGAUCGAGCGGUUCAUGUGGCUCUGAACAUUGUGUCUUCUAUCUUCUUGGGAGUCGGGCACUACUGCAUGCAGAUCCUCGUGGCCCCAUCUCGCCAGGAACUGGAUUCUGCGCACCGCAAAGGAAAGGCCAUGGAGGUUGGAGUGCCCAGUCUCCAGAACCUGGUGAGGGUUGAACCGAAACGAGCGGUCGCUUGGACCGCGAUUGGGGCCAUCGCGAUACUCUUGCACGUCUUCUGGAACUCGUUCAUCUUCACGUCACUACCCAUCGCAGUCAUCCCCGUCGUCAUAGCCACGGCAGAUUUCCAGACAGCACCGCACAACUGGACGGCUUCCGAUCCUCUAGCUCACUUUUCCUCCUGGUGGGGUCGUAUGCCUGGCUAUGAGGAAGAGCAGAAGUCGAUGAUUUACACCUUGCAAUCUGCCGCUGCGAACUUUACUCGCAUCGACGUUGAGUCGUGCGUGCGACGCUACGUUGACCCGAGGGAACCCACCAGUCCGCUCAUCGUGGUGGCUGGGAAUGUGACCACAGCCCAAAACAACGGUUCCUCGCUGAUAGACGGUGGGAUACUUGGAUGGUUGGGAUGGGAGUGGUCCAACGCCUGGAUCUGCCAGGCCUAUCAGCCCGAGAUAUGGCGAUACUGCAACUGGGAAUUUGCAAAGACGUUUGUCGACCAGUGGACGCUGGGACAGCAGAGGGGAGUCCUGGUUGAUCAUUGCCUGGUGGGAGAGGGAGCCGACAACUCGAAAAGGGGGCGAUACACGCAGGCCUUGAUCACUACAGGAGACGCGAUCCAGAGCUUCCUCGGCACUCCAGACAUGCUCAUCGACGAGGCUGUGGAAAAUGCAACGUCAGGACACUCUAGACAGGCAAGUGUCGAGCUGAAAGUCGCGACAUGGCGUACUCGGGCUCGCAUCCCGUGGUUUAAAGCCAUCGGCCCCUUUUUCUGGACGACCUCACUUGUGCUUUUUGCCACAGGCGUGCCAGUCUGCUCGUAUGCCUUCUGGAGGUCCAUUGUCGGUCGGAAGGCAGCUGGGCUUGACACGAGCCUCGUAGGAGUAUGGAAGGACGGCUUCGGCGUAAGCCCAACGAUGAUCGCCAGCGAGCUGCCUGGCGCCUUGUCGGGCAUCGAUGCUUCGGGGACUACGGCACUGCUGGCCAACAUAUUGAUUGCCAACAGUCCCCAGGUCAUGGUCAGCUUCCUCUACAUAUUCUACAACGGUAUUCUCACACGCCAGCUGGUCGCCGAUGAAUGGGUGCGGUUCCUUCGCAAGGAUGGCAAGAAGGCUUUGCACGUGUCGUCUCCCCUGGGGAUGCAGCGGUCAUCUCACUUCCUUUCCUUGCCGUUCAGAAGCUACCAUGAUAUUCCCCCGGGGUUUCAGCUCAUGGCGUUCCACAGCAUGGCUAUUCAGGCGCCCGUGUUCGUCGAUGAAGCGAGUCCAUGGGGCAAGCUUCUUGUCAUGGGAUGGGGAGCUAUCGAUCGGGUCUGGGCGCCUGCGAAAGAUUUCUGGAGUCGUCUUGUCUCUGAGACGAGGCUCGAGACCCGUACUCGUUCAAAAGAGCUAGAGCAGAGCGAUGAAGAUGGCAUUCCGUUGUGUCAGGAAAUACAUUCCGAAGACCUCAUGGAGGUCCAGAUCGGCGAGGUCGACCUUCUCAAAGCAAUGUAUGCAUCUGACCAAGAGCUGCAUAUGGACGAAGCGUCGCAACAGCUGUUGGAGUCGCUGCGGCAUUGGUGUGAAAGCGAUGGAGGGAAACUGCCUGACAUGGAGGCAUCGGCUAUAUCUGUCCUCCUCAAUCUUUGCCUCAACGAAGCCAACGAGAUGCGCGAUCUGCAGCUGGGGAUCUCCGUCCCGGUGGUGUUCCCACCCGACCAAGGGCAGGCAGACGACGACACGGAACCACCGAGGGCCAAGGUCUGGAUUCGCCAGUCAACAUGGAUGAGCAAAGCCGAAGCCGCGCGGUUGACCGACGAGAUUCCCGACGAGGACAUUCUGAGCGGCAUUGAAUUUGCCAAAGAGGCGGCAUCACAGCUCCUCGAUCGAGCGCAGCAGAGGGAAUCGUCGUCUGCCACGCCUACAAGUGCAGAGGCCAGCAUGGUGCGCAUCUGGUUCUACUUCCCCUCGAUCAGCACCCGCGCGAAGAGGGACGACAUUGUUCACCACGCCCCCUCGUACGGCCUCACCGGAUUUCUCCUGGCUGGGAAACCGGGCAUUCUGUGUCUCGAGGGCGGGUCCCAGGCCAUUGAUGACUAUAUGAAGUUUAUCAAGACGGAGAGCUGGAAGGACAUUCCCUCGCAGCACAAAAAGGUGAGCGAGAGAUAUCGACAGGCUGGUGUCGAUGUGACCCGCGUGUUUGACGACAUGCAGGAGAUCACGGACGAGUUUGGCGAUACGAGACGAGGCGCCCGCGGAAACCGCAAUGACAUGAGUGUGCUCAAGGCAUGGCUCAACGAGCAUGGCGUGGGCGAUGCAUUCGAAAAGGUGUUCAUUUGA